CGUGUUCUCAUCGUGACCGCGAGGGGGCAGCCUUGAGCCGGCCCUCCUCUUCAUUCGCACGCCGUUCCAGCGUUUCCCCCUAAAGAAAUCUCUGCGCUUUCGUCCAAACACUGAAUGGGAAGAAAAUGUGGUCCGAAGGAGGCGAAGGCUGACCCCCACCACCGCGCACCGUUCUCAAGCGAGCCGCAGCCGAACAUGGACCCGGGGAGACGCAGCAGCGGCCGCCGACAGCAGCAGCAGAGACAACGGAGCACAAAGCGGCUGCAGGAAAACGUCGUUUAGCGUCUGCGACUUCAUCCGCCUGACUCAGCAGCCGCAUCCGAGCCCACGCACAGGAGUCCGAGCGGGGCCCGGGGCGGGCUCCGAACCCGCGGAUCAACCGAGGAGCCGGAAUACUAAAGCAGGACAAAAUGAGCGAGCAGAGUAUCUGCCAGGCGAGGGCCUCCGUGAUGGUCUACGACGACGCCAGUAAGAAGUGGGUGCCCAUCAAGCCCGGGCAGCAAGGCUUCAGCCGCAUCAACAUCUACCACAACACUGCCAACAACACCUUCAGAGUGGUGGGCGUCAAACUGCAGGACCAGCAGGUGGUGAUCAACUACUCUAUAGUGAAAGGCCUGAAGUACAACCAGGCCACUCCGACCUUCCAUCAAUGGCGUGAUGCUCGACAGGUCUACGGGCUGAACUUCGCCAGCAAGGAGGAGGCCACCACCUUCUCUAACGCCAUGCUGUUCGCCCUCAACGUCCUCAGCUCACCUGACAGUGGAGGUCCAGUAGUUCAGCGCCAAAACGGGCCUUCCUCUGAAGACGGUGAAGCACAGAGAAGGAUGAUGGAGCAACAUCAGAUGCAGGCGCACAAGGAGAGGGAGCGGCGGACGUCGGGAUCAGGCCCUCCUGUCUCUGCAGGUCACCCCGCUAUGCUUUCUGUGGCGCCUCCUCCUGCUGCAGCUCCAGCACCCAUGUCUGGUCCUCCAGCCCCGCCGCCACCUCCGGGUCCGCCGCCGCCAAUGGCGGUGCCCCCACCCAUGCCCCCCCCGCUCCCCGCUGGCGGAGGGCCUCCAGGUGCUCCCCCCGGGGUGCAGCACCAACCCUCAGGACUGGCUGCAGCUCUGGCUGGAGCCAAACUACGGAAAGUGCACAGGGAUGAAAGCAGUCCACCUGGUUCUGGUGGAAAAAGCGACUCUAACCGGUCUAGUGGCGGCAGCGGCGGAGGAGGCGAGGGACUCAUGCAAGAGAUGAAUGCCUUACUAGCUCGAAGACGAAAAGCUUCAGAGAAACCUGAUGAAGAUGACUCGAGUGGCCGAGGGUCAGGGCAGCAGAACUCAACAGAUGGUGUAAAGAAGCCAUGGGAACGUUCCAACUCAACAGAUAAGUCUUCACUCGUGUCCAGAGUGCGGCCCGUCGGCACCGGAGAAGCCGACACGGAGUUUGACAAGAUGAAACAGGAAAUUUUGGAUGAAGUGGUACGGGAGUUGCAUAAGGUCAAAGAUGAAAUCAUUAAUGCCAUAAGACAAGAAAUCGGCAGAAUCAGUACAUCCUAAUCUCAUCUGAGAGCGCAGAUGGAGGAGCUGGAUGACGCAGAUGCACAGACACGAGGACCAGAGAAUGUUCUCUCAAUGUUUCUGUGACCUGGCAAUGCCGCACUGACCGUUGCAGAGACGUUGUGCCAACAUUGAAGACUUUUAGGGAAAAAAGAACAAAGAAGUGACGUCAGGAAGCUCAUGCAAACGAGCAGCUGAAGGAAGCUCAGAUGAGUUUGGACGAACGGGGAAUGAACUGACGUUUGGUUACUGUGGUGGUCCUCUCUGUGCACCUAGACUCAGUCAGCCCAGUGUUGCAGCUCUUUGUUCUCUGUUGAGUCUUAAGAAGAAAAUAUUUUUUGUUUUAUAAGUUUUUACUGUUUUAUUAUUUAAAAACUGUGGUGAUAUUGAUGAUGAUAUUGAUGAGUAUUUUAUGGAUAUUAUAGAAGGACAAAGGAAUCUUGCACACCAUUUAUGUCAGUCUUUUAUAUUUUUCAUUUUAGUUUCCCCCUAAAAUGAUCAACGAAGCACAAUACGGGCACACUGGUGAUGUAGAUCCAUCUGCCCUUUAACCAUAAAAAAAACCUUUCAUAACCCUGCCGGUGUUGUGUGUCAAACCUUUUCAAAAGGAAAAUCGGUUCGUCUUUGAAGGACAAUUAGCUGCUUAAAUUACCUCUGAUCCUCAUAUUCAUGGUGCACCGCGAAGAAGCAAUUUAAAGGUAAAUCAAACAGCAUGUAAUACUCUCGUUCACAAAGCAGGCCGAUAACUGUACAUCUGUUUUUAUUUUUUUCCUCGUAAAUCAGUGACCCCUCUUCUCUGUUAGAUCCUCCACUUUGCAUGAAACCCGGUCGUUGGAGUUUUUUUUUUAAUGCUUUCAAAAUAAAACUCAAAAACACACAUAUACACAAAUGGUGGUACAUUUAUUAUCUUUGUUUGUUUCAAUGAAACUUCAUUUCAAUGAGAUGUUAAAUUAUAGUAAAAAAA